GUGAGCGGAGAGCGGUGUUUUUGGCGCAAAUGGGGGCCACAUGUGCGCUACUUUACGUUACCGUCCUGGCUCUGUGGGUGGGCCCCUCGCUGCAGGUGUCAGAGGGAGGGGUCUCUCUGAAGCAGCCUGCGUCUCUGCAGCUCUCUCAGUGUCAGCACAUGUUAAAACACCUGCACCACGGGGCCAGAGUCACCGUCCAGAUGCCCCCCAACGUGGAGGGACACUGGGUCUCCACCAGUUGUGAAGUUCGCCCGGGUCCGGAAUUCUUGACACGCUCCUACCGCUUUUCCUCCAACCACACAUUUCAGGCGCAUCAGUUUUACUACGAAGACAACCACUGCACCAAGCCUACGUACUCUUUAGUCAUCAGGGGAAGGGUCAGACUACGGCAAGCCUCUUGGAUCAUCCGCGGAGGCACCGAGUCAGAAUACCACCUCCACAAGAUCAAUAUUAUCUUCCACUCCGAAUCUACUGCCAAAAACAUGAGCCACAAACUUUCCCGUGGGUGCAAAUGGGCUUCGAAGGGUGGAUUGGAAGUCGGGGUUUUGUAUGAAAUAAGGAACGAAGAUGGGACGCUAGACUGUACCAAGGAGCUCAACUUUGCCAUGCACGAGUUGCAGCUGCUCAGAGUGGAAAAGAAAUACCUGCAAAGCCCAAACCAGGAUCUAAGCCAGGAUCUGAACCAGGACUCGGAUCUAAUCCAGGAUCUAAACGUGGUGGAGGAGCUGUUUUUGGGAGACAUCCACACGGAGAUGUCUCAGAGGAUCUACUACAAGCCGUCCAGCUACCAGACAGCGCUGCAGAACGCGAAGCACCAUGACCCCGGCUGUAUCGUCUGUCGUAUCAUCUCACGUUCGGACGAGCUGCACCCGCCAGUCCUCCCGCCCCGCGCUGACCUCACCGUGGGCCUGUGGGGGCAGUGGGUGAGCCAGCGCUGUGAGGUUCGCCCCGAGGUGCUGUUUUUAACCAGGCACUUCAGCUUCCACCAGCACAACCGCACCUGGGAGGGACGCUAUUACCACUACUCGGACCCGGUCUGCAGGCACCCCACCUUCAUCCUCUACGCGAGGGGGCGCUACAGCAGAGGACUGCACUCCACCAGGGUGAUGGGAGGGACUGAGUUUGUGUUUAAAGUGAAUCACAUGCGCGUGACCCCCAUGGACCUGGCCACCACCUCCCUGUUGAACGUCUUCAGCGGGGACGAGUGCGGGGCGGAGCGGUCCUGGCACGUGGGCAUCGAGCAGGACGUCACGGGCACCAACGGCUGCCUGGCGCUGGGAAUCCGUCUGCCACACACCGAGUACGAACUCUUCCGAAUGGACCAGGACGCCGACGGGAACUACCUCCUCUUCAACGGACAGAGGCCCAGCGACGGAUCGAGCCCGGACCAACCCGAGAAGAGGGCGACGUCGUAUCAGUCUCCUCUGGUGCAGUGCUCGGGCAUCGCCAGGACCAUGUACGUGUACUAG